UACAAGUAAUAGAGAGAGAAACCACCAAAAUUACGCAUUAACGAUGAAAACAGAAAAAUCAAACGCAUUUUUUGGUCUUAAAAAACCCAACAACAACCCAAAAAGAUUAGAGAGAUAAAUUUUUAGGGUCGGUGCUUAGCUCUCCGGUGGCCGGUGGUGGUGGUGUUCUUGGAAAAGACACAUUACAACUCCCUAAUUUCACUUCUUUUUUUUUUUUUUUUUUUUUUUUUUUUUUUUCUCUCUGUUUGGGUUUGUUUGUGUCUUCAAAUUUUGCUCCUUCCCUUCUCUCUCAAUUUUUCAUGUGCUGAUUUUUUUUUUUUUUAUACCCUUCUUGUUUUUUCCUCUUUGGCCAGGUCUAAAUUUUUACUUUCUGGGUAUUGGUUUUGGGUAUUUUUGUUUUCUUGAUUAGGGUUUGGGUACAUCAAUUUCUUUUAAUCAAUCAAGAAAGUUGAAGAUUAAAGAAACCAAUUGACAGAGUCCAAGAAAGAAAUAUAAGAGAAGGGGGAGAGAAAUUGUUUUAAGGAAGAAGAUAAUGUCAAACUCGGCGGAGACGCCGAGUGUUUCAAUAGAAUUUCCUUCACCAGCACCUGAAAAUGAUUCACCUCCACCGGAAAACUCGCCACCAGCACCUGAAAAUGAUUCACCUCCACCGGAAAACUCGCCACCAGCACCUGAAAAUGAUUCCUCCACACCUGAAAAUGAUUCACCUCCACCGGAAAACUCGCCACCAGCACCUGAAAAUGAUUCACCUCCAACGGAAAACUCGCCGCCAACACCUGAAAAUGAUUCACCUCCACCGGAAAACUCGCCACCAGCACCGGCACCAUCAUUCGUUGAGGCAUUGACUGCAAGUGAUAAAUUAGCCUCUCCACCUUCUAAUACCAAUAAUAAGAAUGCUUCUCCACCACCAACUAAAACAUCGCCGCCUUCGUCAUCGCCAGCGUCAACAGAUAGCUCUAAAACUCCUCCUCCUUCGCCACCGCAACCAUCUGACUCUCCUCCUCCUAAACCACCAACUCCAUCAAAUUCAAAGCGGCCUGCAGCCUCGCCGCCACCACCAUCAUCAAAAGAGGAAACACCAUCAUUAUCUUCCUCUUCUCCUCCGCCGGCAGAACCCGGCCAAUCCUCUCCCCCUCCAGCAGAAAAAUCCACAGCCACGUCUCCGCCACCUGAUAAAGUUGCUGCUACACAGUCCACAACAGGUACUUUAAUUCUAACUCCACCUCCGCCGGGAGAAUUUAAAGCUCCUUCUCCAAUUUCAUCAAAUUUGGCGAGUGCGUCAUUGAACACAGAUAGUACGCCAACAACUGCAUCUCCUGGAACACAAUCUGCAAGUCCUGCGGUCUCUGAUGGAUCAUCAACUAGUUUUUCAUCAUCAGCUUCAUCUAAUAAUUCAAAAGAUUCAAACACAACCAAUACAACAAAUGAGAAUGGUGUGUCUGCAAACAUAAGCAAAUUACUAACUAGUGCAAUAGUUGUGGGAUUAGUACUGAUUGCAGUAGUGGCAGUCGUUUUAGUUUUGAAGAAGAAAAAGAGGAGGCAUGAUAUGUAUUACAUGCCUCCUCCAAACUUAGCUGUUCAAACAGAUGGGUAUUAUUCUGGAUCACAGCAGCCACAUAUGGCAGGUUACUCUAACGUAGGAAAUUAUUCUUAUGGUUCACAACAUUCACAUUCACCAGAAAGUUUUGGGAGUAAUGAUAUUAGUGGAGAGGCUAGUGUCAUAGGUGGUACUAAAACCCAUUUUAGCUAUGAAGAAGUGAUGGAGAUGACAAAUGGAUUUUCACGAAAAAAUAUUGUGGGUGAAGGUGGGUUUGGAUGUGUUUAUAAAGGGAAAGUGCAGGAUGGGAGGGAAGUGGCCGUUAAGCAGCUUAAGAUAGGUGGUGGACAAGGCGAUCGCGAAUUUAAGGCCGAAAUUGAGAUUAUUAGUCGUGUUCAUCAUAAACAUUUGGUAUCUUUGGUGGGCUAUUGCAUUUCAGAUAACCAACGCUUGCUUCUCUAUGAAUUUGUUCCAAAUAAAACUCUUGAGCAUCAUUUGCAUUCAAAAGGAAUGCCAUCGCUAGAGUGGCCUAAAAGACUCAGAAUUGCUAUAGUACUGCAAAAGGUUUGGCGUAUCUGCACGAAGAUUGUAAGUAAUCCGAGAAUUAUUCAUAGAGAUAUCAAGUCAGCAAACAUUUUGUUGGAUGAAAAAUUUGAUGCAUUGGUAGCAGAUUUUGGUCUUGCUAGACUAAACGAUACAACUCACACCCAUGUAUCAACUCGAGUCAUGGGCACAUUUGGGUACCUGGCACCAGAAUAUGCAUCAAGUGGAAAAUUGACAGAUAGGUCUGAUGUAUAUUCGUUUGGAGUUGUGCUUCUAGAACUCAUAACUGGACGGAAACCUGUUGAUCCUACUCAACCUUUAGGGGAUGAAAGUUUGGUUGAAUGGGCUCGCCCAAUUCUCAUUCGUGUUAUUGAAACCGGUGAUCUUGAUGAUAUAGUCGACCCUAGGCUUCAAAAACGAUAUGUAGAGAGUGAAUUAUUUAGAAUGAUAGAAACAGCAGCUGCUUGUGUGCGCCAUUCUGCUCCAAAGCGACCCAGGAUGGUGCAGGUGGUGAGAGCAUUGGAUAAUGAAGAAAUGUCUGAUUUAACAAAUGGAGUCAAGUAUGGACAAAGCACAGCAUAUGAUUCUGGUCAAUACAGUGAGGAAAUAAUUAGAUUCAGAAGAACAGCUUUUAGCAGUGAAGAUAGUUCAGAAUUUAACACAAACAGUGGAGAAUACAGCUCUAUACAAGUAUCCCAUGGACCGACAAUUUCUAAUUACACAAAUGCAGAGUUACAAACUCGAUUGAGCCAUGAGAGAUAGCUGAGAAGCUUAAGAAAGCUCAGGCAUAGUUACAAACUCGAGACAUGAGAGAUAGCUGAGAAGCUCAAGAAAGCUCAGGCAGCCAAAGGUGAAGCGGCAAUGCAUGAAAUGUUAUGUUGUACAUAAAGGUGAAGUGGCAACUUUCUUUGAAAUAACUUGCAGUUGGACUUAGAAUGCUUAAUUUGUUAAUUUUUUCUAGAAAAUUGACUACAUUCUUUGGUUGCCUCAAAUGAGAAAUGGAGUUUAAAGCUUGUAAAUUUGUUAGCCUUUUUUACUCCAGAGAAUUUUCAUGUAUAUUUAUUA